GGGCCCGCUCCAGUCCACGCGGUCCGGGCAGCACAGAGCGCAGCCGCGACUCUCCGCCCGGCGGGCGCGUGCAAGUGCGAGUGCGUGGCCCCGCGCAGCCGGAACCUGGGCGCGGAAGCCCAGAGCUUCGCUCCGGGAGGCGGAGGGCUGAGUCCUGCCGCUGCUUCUCCGAAGUCUGCGCUGCCGGCAGAGACACCCAACCUGGGGCAGAGUUCAUCCCCCUGCAACCCACUUCCACUUCUUCACAGUGUUCUGCAUAUCUCAGCCCUUUACCUGGGGCUCCUGGACAGCUGAAGAUUGUCGGGGUCACUGAGAAGAGUGACUACAGCUGAAAGCCUGGGGCUUGCCACAGCGAAUCCUUCUGUGCCCAGGAUUAACAGCAGACCCUCCCUUUGGCAGUGGUCAGAGGGGAAGAAUCCAACUUCUUAGAACAUGGCAGGCAAGAAAGUUCUCAUUGUCUAUGCGCACCAAGAACCCAGGUCUUUCAAUGGAUCCUUGAAGAAAGUGGCUGUGGAUGAACUUGGCGCGCAGGGCUGCACUGUCACCGUUUCUGACCUGUAUGCCAUGGACUUUGAGCCGAGGGCCACCAGGAAAGAUAUCACUGGUGCUGUCUCUAAUCCUGAGUUCUUCAAUUAUGGGGUGGAAGCAUAUGAAGCCUGUAAAAAGGGGGCUCUGACCAGUGACAUAAUUGACGAGCAGAAAAAGGUUCAAGAAGCUGAUCUAGUGAUAUUUCAGUUCCCGCUGUACUGGUUCAGCAUGCCAGCUAUCCUGAAGGGCUGGAUGGACAGGGUGCUGUGCCAGGGGUUUGCCUUCGACAUCCCAGGAUUCUAUGAUUCCGGUUUCCUCAAGAAUAAGUUGGCCCUCCUUUCAUUAACCACGGGGGGCACAGCUGAGAUGUACAUGAAAACCGGAGUCAGCGGAGAUUAUCGAUACUUCCUGUGGCCCCUCCAGCAUGGUGCCUUGCACUUCUGUGGAUUUAAAGUCCUUGCCCCUCAGAUCAGUUUUGCUCCCGAGAUUGCAUCAGAAGAAGAGAGAAAGGCGAUGGUGGCCUCCUGGGCCCAGAGGCUGAAAACCAUCUGGGAGGAAGAGCCCAUUGACUGCACGCCUCCGUGGUACUUCGGGCAGUAAUGCUUCGUGCCACGUCCACAUCACAGGAACAGCACACAGGGAGCUGCAGGCAUAUGCACAGGGAGCAGGGUCCUGUAAUAAAACAAGGUCACAACCAAGCGAACUGGAUGUAUUGAAAGACGGGCAAGACCGAGUGUCGUAGCCAGAUCUAGCAUUUCAGCCAUCAGCAGGCUGUACUUGGGGGUGCUCUCAUGGAUGACAUUAUUCACCCAGGCUUGCUUUUCUUUGCCAGUAGCUUUCCAUCUCCCUGUUUUCAACCUUCAUGGGUAUUCUUGUGUUCAAACAGUUCUCCUGGAAUGGCAUAGUUUUUUUUUUUUUUAAUUUCGUAACUCAACUUGGAAAUUUCUAUUUUUUCAUACGAAAGUUUAGUCUUUCAUAGCUAGUGUUUUAGUGCUGCGUUUGGACUUAUUUCUUCCUUUUUUUUUUUUUUUUUCUUUUUACUUGCAUGCAUGAUGGCUAUGAAGUUUUCACUGAACAGCUGUUUCGCAUGCAUUUAAAAUCAUUGAGUGCAGGUUACAAUGAAAAUCUCCAAGGAGCGCUCCUGGGUGACUCAGUCAGUUAAGUGUUGGACUCCUGAUUACGGCUCAGGUCAAAAUCUCAUGGUUUGUGGGAUCAAGCCCCAAGUUGGGCUCUGCACUGGCAGUGUGGAGCCUGCUUGGGAUCCUCUCUCUCUCUCUGCCCCUCUCUUGUUCUCUCUCUCUCUCUCUCUUUCUGUCUAAAUAAACUUAAAGGAAAAAAAAAAGAAAAUCUCCAGGUGUCACUCUGAGCGCCCUACCCCUGUGCACAUGUUAUGUAACACUACUAGUGAUUACCCUGAAGCGUAGGCACAUGUAGCUGGAGGGGUCUCCCUAAAAGCAAGUUUAAGAGGUUAAAUCUCUUCCUCACUUCUGAGGACCGAGCUACUGCCUAUACACAGGGGCCCUCCUUCCUUAGCGUCCCCAGUCCCACCCACAGUCCCCACAUCAGACUCCCCACACCACUCCUCACCGGACUCUCCUCAUCACACUCCUUGUUGGCACCCUCAUCUUUGAGCAGCCUGUCACCUGCUCCGCCUCUUUCUUCCUCAGCAUCUUCAGACCCUUUUCCAUCUGCAUUUUCUUCUUCUUGUUUCCGUCUGGUCCAUCAUCAACCAAAUUCUCCGUGUGUGUCUCCUUUCCAUCUGAAUCUUCACACACAGCCUUCCCCACCAACCACUCAGAGCUGCCAUCCCCAGAUUCUCAUUUCUCAGGAUGGUUCCUUCCUAACUCCUUCUCAACACCAUUUUCUGCUCAUUAUUUCUUGGAGUCUUCCUCAAAGCCCUUUUCAGAGCAAUCUUCAGAUUCUCUUUCCAAGACUGUCUUCCUCUUCAGUUUGCUUUUCAGGGUUGCCUGCAGACUUUUUUGUUUUUUUCUCUUCAGAGUCUUUUUUGAAGGUCUUCUUUUAAAACUAUUCUCUUCAGACUUCUGGAACUGCCUUCUGCAGACAUUUUGGGGGCCAUGUUUUUUAGCAUCUUUUUCGGAAGCAUCUUCAAAAUCUCUCCCGUCUUCCCAUUUUUCGAAUAUCUUUCCAUGGAUAGAUUCUUCAAAUGCCACGUUAGUUGUGGCUUCUUGAGCAUUCAUCCUGGAUGUGCUAGGGUGCUCUGGAAAAGCCUUACCUUAGAAGGCCUUUCUUUUUGAAGCAAAGGUAGUAUUUGAACAUUGAACACCUCUGUAGGCCUCAGGAUAUGGAAGGAAGACUUCCACAAAGCUGUUCUGCUCUUACACUUGGGGUCUUCUCAGCCUGGUCAUCUAUACCCCCACCCCAUCCAUGUCUGUAUAGGAAUCCCAUGGGUCUUCUCACCCUGGCCAUCUGUAGCCCCAUCCCAUGUUUAGACAGGGGUCCUGUGACCAUCACACCACCUUCCAUCGAAGGUUUGAGUACAAAGAUAGCUUCCUCAAAGACACCGAGCUUAUGCCAUCUGGUGUCUUUUAAAGAGAAGGAGAUUCCUGAUUGACCCAAGCUUUGAACACUCUCAAAGGUUUUCUCUGACCCUGAUCAGCACCAAUGGACCAUCCUCAAAAUCCAUAGGAUAAAACACUUUGGUGAUGACCAUUCCCUCAUGGGGCACUAAGGAUGUUCUAGCAGUCCAGAUGCUUUUAUUCCAGAACCAGAUCCUUCCUGUGGGGUUUGCACCUCUUCCUUUCUGAUGCCUCAUAUUCCCCUCCAGUUGAAACUUAGCUACCUCAGUAUGUGAUUUCUAGCUUCUAAUUUCAUCUUCAUGCAAAAGCAUUAUUGCACAAUACAGAUUCCCUCUUCAAAUAACUGCAAAGCCCAUCUGCUUUAAGAUUUCCUUGUUAUCUUUGUAAAACUUGACCAUAAAGUCUCUCUGAAGAUCUCAGAAUCAUGCCAAGUCAGAAGUUGUAUAAAUGCCUCCACCAUAAUGUCUGUAGGCAAACCAGUUGCAUUUAUAUUUGUAGCUCUGUCUUCCACAUGAAGGCUUUCUUUUUUCUCUCCUUUUUGAGAUUGGUGGAUUGGGGGUGUUUCUCUGCAGAGGUUUUUUUAGCAUUGGUGGCAGAUUUGCCAUCACUGAGAAACCAUCAUUAGCCUGAUAUGCAGGCAUGAAGUCUCCAGUGAUCUUAAACCAAGCCUUCUUGCCUGCAAGGAUGUCAGCCAGCUGCUCCUCGAAAGGCUGGGUUUCUCCACUGGAAUUCUUGGUGUCUCUGUAUAGUUCUCGAAUUUGCAGUUGCUCAUUUGCAGAUUCCUCAUCCAAGCACAGCUGACCCUUGAACAACACAGGUUUGAACUGCACAGUUCCUCUUACACGUGGAUUUUGUUCAAUAAAUAUACUGGAAAAAUUUUUGGAGAUUUACAACAAUUUGAAAAAACUCACAGAUGAACUGUGUAGCCUAGACCUGCUGAAAAAAAUUUUUUGAAGUGAUAUCUUAUUGUUUAUUCUUUCUUUUUAUUUUAAAAUUUAUAUCCAAGUUAGUUAACAUAUAGUGCAACAGUGAUUUCAGGAGUAGAUUCCUUAAUGCCCCUUACCCAUUUAGCCAAUUCCCCCCUCCCAUAACCCUUCCAGCAACCCUCUGUUCUCUAUAUUUCAGUCUCUUAGGUUGUUUUUAAAUUUUUGUGUUUAGUGUUACUUAUUUUUGAGAGAGACAGAGACAGAGUGUGAGUGGGGGAGGGACAGAGAGAGAGAGGGAGACACAGAAUCCGAAGCAGGCUCAGGCUCUGAGCUGAUAGCAGGGCUCGAACCCAUGAACCAUGAGGUGGUGACCUGAACCGAAGUCAGAUGCUUAACCAACUGAGCCACCCAGGUGCCCCUAGAGUCUCUUAUGUUUUGUCCCCUUCCCUGUUUUUAUAUUAUUUUUGCUUCCCUUCCCUUAUGUUCAUCUGUUUUGUAUCUUAAAUUCCUCACAGGAGUGAAGUCAUAUGAUACUUGUCUUUCUCUGACUGACUAAUUUCGCUUAGCAUAAUACCCUCUAUUCCAUUCACAUAGUUGCAAAUGGCAAGAUUUCGUUCUUUUGAUUGCUGCAUAAUACUCCAUUGUAUAUAUAUAUAUACCACAUCUUCUUUAUCCAUUCAUCCGUUGAUGGACUUUUGGGCUCUUUCCAUACUUUGGCUAUUAGACAUACUGAAAAUUUUAAGAAAAAUGUGUUAUUGUAAGAAUGUAGUAAAUACAGACAGAAAAUGUGUGUUAA